AGUCUUAAACACGUUUGACUUGGCUGAGCGUCUCCCACCCUUCAACAACCUUAUUUAAUAUUGUUGUUCAAUGAUUUAUUUUUGAGAAAAGUGCUGUGAGAGAAGCUCACACUGGGGACAGACGGCAUUGGGUUAGAGGAAGUCGCUACUGCAAUGGAACCUUUGAUGUUUAAAGAUGCUUUCUGGGGGUCUGAUUUUAAUUGUCACGCUGGGUACGACACUGUGAUCCAGAGGUUACGAGAGGGAAGGCAAAUGUGUAAAGACGUGGAGGAGCUUUUAAAGAUGAGGGCGCUAGCAGAGGAGAAGUAUGGGAAGGAACUGGUGACUAUUGCUCGCAAAGCUGCAGGACACACAGAGAUCAGCACCAUGAAAAAUUCCUUUGACCAACUGAAAACACAAAUCGAGAACAUCGGGAACUUUCACAUCCAGCUGUCAGAAUUAUUGAAAGAGGAGGUGAAAAAGAUCGAGACAUUUAGAGAACGUCAGAAAGAGCAGAGGAAGAAGUUUGAAAGCAUCAUGGACAAGGUUCAGAAGAAAAAGGUUUCUUUGUUCAAGAAGACUAUGGAGUCAAAGAAGAGUAAUGAACUGAGAUGCAAGGAGGCUGAUGAGGCAGAUCACGGGGUUGAGAAGAUCACAUCCAAAAACUCAGAAAAGGUACGUCACAAGGCCAAGCAAUGCAGGCAGACAGCCAGUGAAGCAGAGAAACUGUACAUCAACAACAUUGCUCAGCUAGAAAUUGUUCGCCAGGACUGGGAAGAAACACACAGAAGCACCUGUGAGGUGUUCCAGCAGCUGGAGGGAGAUCGCAUCAGCAUGCUCAGGUGUGCUCUGUGGGACCACUGCAAUCACUUCUCCUUGCAGUGUGUUAAAGACGAUGAGUGCUACGAGGAGGUGAGGAUGAUUCUGGAGCAGUGUGACAUCACGACGGACAACAACUGUUUCAUAGAGAUGAGAAGCACAGGACAGAGGCCUCCAGAGCCCAUAGUGUUUGAGAGCUACUACCCGAGGGAGACGGACGGGAACAUCAAUGGCCAAGCUCUUUUCGUAGGAGUAAAAGAAAUGAUGAGCUGCUCUGGUUCCUUUCUGGGAAGUUCUGCCAACAUCAGCAUCGACACUCCUCAAAACUCAUCAUCAUCAUCUGCCGAUGAGUCUGUGAUGUUAGAUGGAGGAUACGCACCCCUACCAGGCCUCCAGCAGGAAGCGUCACCGGCCAUGUGUCCAGAUGAUGAAAACAUCUACACUGUGUUUUAUGAAUACACUGCACAGGAGGAGGAUGAACUGUCAGUAAACCGAGGGGACAAGGUGCAAGUGGUGGAACGAGGAGAAGAUGGUUGGUGGUUAGUGGAGAGGAACGGUUUGAGUGGACUGGUGCCAGGAAACUACCUGGGCAAAAUCUGAGCACACAGAAAGAACAAAAGUACAGACAGAUACGCACACAGAUGACACACAUGAACCACAGUCACACACACACCAUAAAGUCAAGGAUGUAUCAUUUGUCAUAUGUGCAGAAACACACACAAACAUAGACACAGACCACAUACACACAUGCCUUUAUCAAGCUUCCUUGACAAGUACCCUUUGCAAUCCAAGCUCAUUGACCGAAACUGAACUGAAAAUCCAGUAUGUAAAAACUGAAUUAUGUCUGUUACUGAGGUCACAGUUAAAGGUGGUGGUGUACUGAACUACAUUAUAUUCAGAGGUGUUCCUAAUAUUCUGAGCCUCUCAUGUAUGUAGCCGGGGAGGACAAAAAUUUAGAGGCACUUCUGAAUGUAACCUAGUCCAUUACAACACCACCUUUAACUAUGACCUCAGUAAUAAACAUAUCAUUAAAUGUAUUGAUUUAUGACAGUUUUACCAAAACAUAAACACAGAUGUUAACACUUUGUUGUUCUCAAGAUGAAAUGCAACCAGUUUGGGUGGAAGCUGGGUGGAGCUCUGCUAGUAAUUAACUGUAGAUCUGAAGCAACUAGUUGAUAGCUAUGAACUCACUGGGAAGAAAAAAGUCACACGAGCAUUAGUGAGUCAGUGGGACAUAUUUCUGUACAUAACAGCAAUAGUUUGACGAAUAAACAUAUUGCUCUCCAGUUUGUGGUUCAUUACGUGAGUUUACAAGUAGCUAAUUCAUCAGCUGGUACCUUUUAGAACUAUUGAACGUGGCAUCUUUGUAUUGCUCCAACUUCAGUUUUGUCUAUACUUUCUCUGGUUGGUAGUUUUUGCAUAUGUCAGAUAUCAUAGUUAAAUUCACAAUACAUAUGUCGAUGAAGCUCCUUUAUUUGUGAUUACUGUGACAUAAAUCACAUACCAUAAUCUGUUACAGCAAAGUGAAUGUACUGUAUAUUCUGGCUACGAUGCACAUGUAUUGGUAUGUAUACAGCACGUAGAAUACACUACAUAUAUAUACAAAAAAAGCUUUUCUGGGCUUCUGGCACCAAAGACCUGGAUAAAUGUGCCAGGUGAGCAACUUUAAUUGCACAGAAUGGGCAGCAUGUUUCAGUCCGGUAUCUAGCUUUAUGCAUCUAUAGUGAACACAAGCUUUUUUUCUAAUCUCUCAUAGCCAAACCUUUGCUUCAUUUGGCUGCUCAUGUUACAUUACAAAAUUCCCGAAAACAGCAUCUGACAGAUGGCACCUGAGAUGCACUGACAAAAACAA